AUGGACAGUAGUGACGGUGGUUUCUCUGACGAUGGCCUCGAUUCUCUCCCCGCAGGGACUCUGUUUCAGCUGGAGCAAAGUGCCUGGCAGGCUACCCAAGCACCUCAGAGCCAGCCGAGAGAAUCUGUUCCUACCAAUUUCCUGCAACAGCCCGUGAAUGCCUCCAACGGGCCAUCGCUUUUAAAGCCUCUGUCUUCGCUGCGGCAAGGAUCGAGCUUAUACGAAAAUAUCGAUAUCGGUGAUUUAGAUGCAAAUAUACUGGAAGACAAUGAGCCCGUGGAAGGUGUGGCAAACUUGAACCCUGAGAUUAGUUAUGUCGCGCGACCUGCAACAAAUCGAGGUCUCGACCAUGACACCAGAGUCGAGGCACAACGUUACGGUCAAUCUACCACGGUGUCGAAUAUGUUCACCACGGAGCAGCAACUAAGGGCAAAGAUUGAGGAGAUUACACGAAAUCACGAUACAACAGUGCAAGAAAUUACUUCGGUAAAGGAAGAUGCAACCAAGAAAUCUGGCGAAGUCGCGAUCUUGAGAGCAAAACUUGCCAAACAAGAACUGGAAUACGAGAGAACUGUUUCUGCACUCAGAGCUCAACUAGCAGAGCAGACCGCAAAAAAUCAAGGGGUACAGCAAGCUGCAAUCGAUGACAAGCAAAGGCUGGAGACAGAAAACCUGUUCUUGAGAGAUGAACUGCGGGGAGAAGCCUUGAGAGUUAACAGUCUGCGAGGAAGAAAACAAGCCGAUGAGAAGUCCGCACCUUUGACCCCUCGAAAGCAGCGAACUCUACCCUUUCGAGAUGGGUUCGAUGAUGAUGAAGUCGGGGUGGCAUCGCCGACUAAAUCAUCCGGUGGGCGAUCAAAAAGAGGGACACCAAGCGGCCAUGGAAAACGCAAAAGGAAAGCUAGCGAUGCGCCAAUACCGAUGGCUUCUCUUCAACUGAGUCCGGCGCAUGACGUACCCCUGGAAUCGCAUAGAUCAACGUUAAGCAGUAAUGAGACCAUAAGCAAAGUUGACUUCGUGGGAAAAGACGAUGGCUCGAACAUACGCUAUAUGACGCGGAUCUUAAAUCACAAAACACCCCCCAACACAGAAUGCGACCUAGAAGUAAUGGCCCGAUUAGCUUUUCCCUCCAACCCAGAACAAAAACUAUCCUCCAUUGUGCUAGAAAAUAUGCGGACAAAUCCGUCCAACUACGCAGUGAACUACGCCCUUUCUCUAAUUGUCCUCUGGAAGCGUGCUCUGAGCGAGAAGUUCUACGAACCAGUGCCAUUGUUUGUGUCGUCCAUUGAAUUCAUUUUAUUACUGGACCUAUAUUCGAUUGGUCCCCAGCUCGUCAGCGACCUUACUCCAGCACUUCAAAAUUCGGUAUUGGUCAAUGCUGUUCCUCGAUUUGAACAUUCACCUGUGUCAUCGAAAACAAAGGGGGAAAGCAGAAGAACACCACGUGAUUUACUUGAAACCAAGGUGGAUUCCACGAAGGCUUUGGAGAUAAUGUACCUGCUAGCUCUAGCGUGUCGGCAGAAUGAUGAGUCGUUCGAAGAACUCUGGGGCAAUGCACAUUUCGACAUAUUGCUUAUGUCGUUGAACGCACACCAACCUUUGCAGGACAUUGUUCUCAUUUUAAGAAUACUAUCGACAAGCCUUCGUCCAGGUGCGUUUGGCACUAUCCAGCCUUCGGAAGCAGAACAAAGACAAAUUGAACAACACUUUAUCGAGCGAGUAACAUCAUUACUCACCGAGCGCAUUAACCCAGACGAAGGGGCAAAAGACUAUCUUUCCUCGGAGAUCUGUCAGAUGCAUCUAGAAUUAAUAUCAUUUUUGGAGACCCUAACCUUCUAUAACCCGGACAUUGAGCUGGGUCCUGGGCGCAACGUGAUUCUCUCUCAUGAAUUGGUGCUUCCGCGGCUUUUUCGAAGAAUGUACGAGGAUAUGGACUAUUUAUACACAUUACGACCUGAACACGAUCUACGAACGGCACUUGUCAACAGGACGAUGCAUUUGAUCUACGAACUCAUUCGAAAAGGUGGAGGGCAAAAUUUACAACGAGGAUUAUCACGCCUUAGUGGUGCGAGGCAGAAACAUCGACUUGUUCUGUCGCGGUUAGCGUUCAGUGAGGGCCAGUUCUUGGAGUCUGGUAUAUCGGAAGAAACAAUGGAAAUGGCUCGUCAGUUGCUCGAGGAGGAAGAUAUGAGCCCAGAGGAGGCUGAGGCACUGUUCGAAGCGUUCCCUCACACGCAAAGAGGGAUCACUGAUUGA